AUGACGGACCAGGCCGUGGCCUACACCCCCCUGGACGUGGCUCUCCCGCCUGUCCCGACAACCGAAGUCUUCUCGGACCUCCAAUGGACGACUCUUUUGGCCCUGGCUGACACCGUCAUUCCCUCCAUCGCUCCCUCUGCCCCUAAAUCCCGCGCCGCCAAGGUCAUUUCCCAGUCCGAGUACGAUGCGGUGCAUUCGGACUUGGUCGCCCGCAUUCACGCCCCCAACGCCUCCGAGCUGGCCACCCAGUAUCUAGAAGAGCAUGCCUCCUCAAAUCCCGGUUUCCGCGAUGGGAUUCAACGCCUCUUUGCAAACUAUGUCCAUCAAGAAGGUCGCAAUGGCAUCAGCCUGAUCCUCACCGCCCUCAACACCAAGGCGGGCUCGCUGAUCCUCACCGGCUCCAUAACCCCCAUUCAGGACCAACCUCUGGAAUACCGGGAGCAGGUCUUUCGCGGCUGGGAAACGUCAAGAUUGCGUCCUCUGCGUGCCGUAUAUCGGGCCUUGUCAGGCAUUUUCAAACGGACUUGGAUCGUCUCCAGUCCCACCAUCUGCCCCGUGAUCGGCUUCCCCCGCGUACCAGUCCAUGGAAAGCCCGAAGACGGCUUCCCCUACCAGUUCUUGCAGAUUCCUCCUGGUGAUGAGCCUGAAACCAUCGAGACGGACGUCGUCAUUGUCGGAAGCGGCUGCGGAGGCGGUGUCACUGCGAAAAACCUGGCGGAGGCCGGCCAUAAGGUGCUCGUGGUGGAAAAGGGCUAUCAGUACUCGUCGCGUCAUUUCCCAAUGGGCUUCAACGAGGGCCUGAACUCCAUGUUCGAGGCCAGCGCCGCAACAGGUACCGACGACGGCACCAUGGGUCUCUUCGCCGGCUCAACCUGGGGCGGUGGCGGCACCGUCAACUGGUCCGCCUCCCUCCAAACUCAGGGCUACGUCCGUCAAGAAUGGGCGGAUGCUGGUCUCCCUUUCUUCACUUCGUUCGAGUUCCAGCGCUGUCUGGAUCGUGUGUGUGACCGGAUGGGGGUCAGCGACGAGCACCAGGACCACAACUUCCAGAACCGGAUGCUGUUGGAGGGUGCUCGGAAAUUGGGCUAUGCGGCGAAGCCGGUUCCCCAGAACACGGGUGGAACUGGUCACUACUGUGGAUAUUGCACCAUGGGAUGUCACUCUACAGGGAAGAAGGGCCCGACGGAAUCCUGGCUCGCCGAUGCUGCCAAGGCGGGCGCCACCUUCAUGGAGGGAUUCCGGGCGGAUAAAGUAUUGUUCGACAACACCAAGGGAGGCCAGGUCGCCUCUGGGGUUGAGGGCACAUGGACCUCGCGCGACUCUUACUUGGGGCUGUCCGGCGAGGGCGCGAGAAAGCGCAAGGUCAUCAUCAAGGCCAAGAAGGUGGUCGUCGCGUGUGGUUCCCUGCAGAGUCCGUUGUUGCUGCUCCGGAGCGGACUCAAGAACUCGCAGAUCGGCCGAAACCUCUAUCUACACCCUGUCGUCCUGGCGACUGCAGUCUUCGAAGAGGAGACCCGCCCUUGGGAGGGCGCCUGUCUGACCACGGUGGUCAACGAACUCGAAGACCAGGAUGGCAAGGGCCAUGGCGUCAAGAUCGAGUGUGUCACCAUGCUGCCUCCCGCUUUUCUCCCGGCGUUCCCAUGGCGCGACGGUCUUGACUACAAGAAGUUCGUGGCCAAGCUGCCACACAUGGGGGGCUUCAUCAUGCUGACGAGGGAUCGGGAUUCGGGACGAGUGUAUCCAGACCCCGUGGAUGGCCGUUGCCGGGUCGAUUACUCGGUCUCGUCGUAUGAUCGGAACCACAUGGUUGAGGCGCUUGCGGCCAGUGCCAAGAUUGCCUACAUCUCGGGCGCAAAGGAGUUCCACACGUCGUGCCGCGGUCUGCCACCGUUUAUCCGUCCGGCGGAGGCUGAUGCCGACGAUGCUGAGGGCACGAACAACGCCGCGCUCCAGUCGUGGUUGGCGGAGCUGCGUCGGAAGGCUUUGGAACCGGAACGGACGCUGUUCGCCUGUGCGCACCAGAUGGGCAGCUGCCGCAUGGGCAAGUCGCCGGCGUCGAGCGUGGUCGACCCCGACUGCCAGGUCUGGGGCACCAAAGGGCUGUAUGUCAUGGACGCGUCGGUGUUCCCCAGCGCCAGCGGGGUGAACCCGAUGGUCACCAACAUGGCGAUUGCCGACUUUGCCAGUCGCGGACUGGCCAAGACUUUGUCGAAGGAGAAGAAGGAGGGCGCCCCGGUCGCUCGUCUGUAG